AUGAGAGAACAUCAUGCUCCGGCACUUGAAAACCUGUUUUUACAUGGUCACAGAAGACUCUUCGAGGAUUUCCAAAGUUAUUCCUGCCCGAGUAAUAUAUCCCGAAACGAUACGGAGGAUAUUCUUUGUAUGGAGAGAGAAGAAUUCCUCAAAAAUUUCAAAAAUCCAUGUUGGUUCAAAGUCAUAAACACAACUAUGGGACUGAAGAGAGUACUACGCUGCUUUCCUUUCUUCCAUAUAUUUGGUGUUUGUAAAUCUGGAACAACAGAUCUUUUCUUCCGUUUGACCCAACAUCCACAGAUAUUAAACAACACUGGAAUUUUAAAUAAGGAAACUCAAUUUUGGUCAUGGAAACGUUUCGGGCAAGACUCCCUCGGCCACAGAAAACUUACUCUGGAGGAGUUUUCAAGCUUUUUCAGGGCCAGCGAAAUUGGAAAGACAAAGAUUGAUUUGCAAGGCAGGAUGCACUACUCAGAUUUAAUUACAGGUCAUGCUGAUCCUAUGGAUUUUUGGGACCAUAAUCAUUGGCGGGAAAUCCCCCAGAAUGAUCCCAAUUCGAGCGAGCCUAAAUUUCUGACACCCCAUUUCGUGAGGCACGUCCAGCCGAACAUCAAAUUAAUACUACUGCUUCGGGAACCAGCAGAAAGACUUUACAGUCAUUAUCUGCAUGGAUAUUAUGGUCACACACCAGAAGAUUUUCACAGUUCAGUCCUUAAAGGCAUAGAACUCUUCAACACAUGCUUGACCAAUUGCAGUCUGAAGACGUGCUUAUACAAAUCUGACUUAUCUAAAGAUAUGAAACUCCCACUAUCUGCUAGUCUGUAUUAUAUCCAUCUACUAGAAUGGCUGGAUGUGUUUCCAAGGGAACAAUUUCUAGUUCUAAGAACCGAAGACUACCAUAAGGAUAUGAAAUACAGCCUUUUUAGAUUAUUUUCGUUUCUUGGUGUUGGAGAUGUUUAUUCUGACGUUAUGGAACGUACUAUAAAGUUGCCACACAAAUACGUGACAAAAAUCAAAUUAGAGCAGGGACCUAUGUUGAUAGAAACAUGGAACAUAUUAACUGAAUUUUUCAAGGAACCUAACAGAAAAUUGGCAGCAAUAUUAAAUGAUGAACGGUACCUAUGGAAGGACGCAACAUUCAAGUUUAGAGCUAAACAGCUACCAAAAACCAAACAGAAACGUCAUCAACACCUUCAGCACUAG